AUGUCCGAUGACGUUGACACCACCGCCAACCCGCUGCUUCCGCCGCCGCUCAGCAUGGCCGGCGCGCUCUCCCCGGCUGGCGCCUUCGUGAGCAUGUCGGCCACAGCGCUGCUGCAGAAGGACGCGGAGCUGGGCGCCAUCGCAGUGAUGGUGCUCGGAGAAUCGGGGUUGCAAUCGCCGCCGCCGCCGCCAAGACGGACGUGCGAGAGGCGCUGA